AGAAAAAGCAAGAUAAUAAGAGAGAGAGGAGGAGAGAGAGAGCGAGACACCCUUCCCUAGUUCCCUUCCUGUUGCUCCGUGGCCCUGCCUGCUCACCCACCCUGCCUGGCAGCCAAAUCAUCCACCCCCCAACAAACCUAGAACGCCAUUCUCGCGAGCACAGAAGAGGGGAGGAAAAAUCAUCUCCUUCAACCUCUCGCCUCUCCUCCACCAAAAUCCUCCAAAAUCCCGAUCUUUAUUCCAGAAAAGAUCCUCCUUUUCUGGGUCGAUACAGAUACACGCAGCUAUUUAUAGCGUUUGGUCUCGUGGAUACGCUCGUUCUUGGGCUUCCCUGCGGGGCUGUUACUUUGAGGGAGUCAAAUUCGCCUGUGGCUGAAGGGGGGCGCCGGGCGCAUGGCGGAGGAGGAGAGGCGGCGGUUCGCGAAUCUGCGAAGCGUCCGGUGGCGGGUCAAUCUCGGCAUCCUGCCGGCGUCGCCUGAGGCCUCCGUCGACGAGCUCCGGCGCGCGGCCGCCGAUUCGCGGAGGAGAUAUGUUAGUUUGAAGCGCCGCCUUAUGGUAGACCCACAUCUUCCAAAGGAAGAGGACAGAUCAUCCAACCUCGUCGUUGACAACCCGCUCUCUCAGAAUCCAGAUAGCAGCUGGGGCCGUUUUUUUAGAGGGGCUGAGUUGGAGAAGACUGUUGACCAAGACUUGUCCCGAUUGUAUCCAGAAGAUGGUAGUUACUUCCAAACGCCCAAUUGCCAGUCCAUGCUGAGAAGAAUACUGUUAAUGUGGUGCCUUCAGCACCCGGAGUGUGGAUAUCGCCAAGGAAUGCAUGAACUACUAGCUCCUCUAGUGUAUGUUCUUCAAGUUGACAUUGAUAAGCUGUCUCAAGUACGGAAGCUCCAUGAGGACUGUUUCAAUGAUGAUUUUGAUGGAGUGCCUUUCCCAGAUACCGAUAUGGUUUUCAGUUAUAAACCAAGAAAGGACUCAAAAUGGCAUUCUAGAGAUGACAAUGGCAAUGAUUCUGAAAGAGCUUCCAAAGUUAACAGUCUUGAUGAGCUUGACAUGGAUACAAAAGAAAUAAUUUUACUUAGUGAUGCGUAUGGGGCUGAGGGUGAACUAGGUGUUGUCUUAUCUGAAAGGUUCAUGGAACAUGAUGCCUAUUCAAUAUUUGAUGGUUUGAUGGAUGGAGGUAGCGGAGUGGUUCGCAUGGCGGAGUUUUUCUCAGCAUCCAAGGUUGGAUCUAGCUCAAGCCUUCCACCUGUUAUUGAAGCCUCAUCAUCUUUGUUUUAUUUGCUUUCCAUUGUUGAGCCAUCUCUUCAUAGCCAUUUCAUUGAACUAGAUGUGGAACCACAAUAUUUUGCUCUUCGUUGGCUGCGGGUCUUGUUUGGACGAGAGUUCUGCCUCAACGAUCUUUUAGUCGUGUGGGAUGAAGUUUUUGCUUGUUCCAAUGAUAUGCUGCUUAGAGAAAAUGAAGAAUACAACUUCAAGAUCUUGUGCUCAUCUAGAGGGGCAUUCAUUGCAGCCAUGGCAGUCUCUAUGAUUCUUCACCUUAGAUCAUCUUUGUUGGCUACUGAAAUCAAUACAUCAUGUCUUCAGAGAUUACUGAACUUUCCAAACAAUGUUGACGUGCAUAAGCUAAUCGAGAAAGCCAAAUCUCUGCAGUCCAUUGCUAUUGAUGCAAACACGACAUCUCCAUCUUUCCUAUCAAAGAAGGAUAGCUAUGAUUAUGAUAGGGUUUACAGUAAUCUUGCUACUUCAACUCCUCCAAGGACCCCAUUGCAUCCAUUAUCUGAGAGUUACUGGGAAGAGCAGUGGAGAAACCUGCAUAAGGAUGGAGCAGCUCCCAAGGAGAUUGAAAAGGUUCAAUCCUACAAGAGGUCACUAAGGAAAUCUUUGAGCCAGAGGCUUGGUUUAUCUAGGACAGAGUCGGAUCCUUCUCCAGUUAAGGUAGUCAGUGAGAAGAAUGACACCAAGAGUUCAGUGAGACGUUGUCUUUUGAAUUCCUAUUCAGACUGUGAAGUUGCUGGAAAAAUUCAGCAUGAUGAAUUCCCUAUCAUCUCAAUUCAUAAGGAGCCUGCUGCAAGUGCUGAAAGGCCUUCACAUCUAAAGGUAAAGCCAGCAAGUGAGAUUUUAACAGUAAGUCAAUCAAGUGUGACAAAUGUCAAUCCUCUUAUUGACUCACAGUCAAAAUCUGCUGAUGAGAGUUCAACAAAAAGAGUAGAAACUUGUUCAAGUGGUGAGAGUUCUCCUGUAUUUUAUGCGGCCACUGCUGGUAAUGAGCCUGAGAAUUGUCCUGACAAUGAUUCUGAGAGAAGUAGCAUCACUUCAAAUUCGUGUGCUGGUGAUGAUGAUAGGGAUGAAGUUUUGCAAGACGAGUCAUUCAGUGGUAGCUGCGAGAACAAAGCCGCCUUAGAAGCAAAGACAUCUGAAAAAAAUGCAGAUCCUGUUGGACCAUCUGAGAGAAGUGCGGUAUCAAAUGAAAGAAAGCCGUUCAUAAAUAAGCUACAAUGGUUCUUGAGGUUUGGCAGACCUUCAGGUGAAGGCAAUGUGGAGAAGGGCAGUGUUGAGGCAUCGGAUGAUAAACAUGGUGUUGUUCCUCCCAGCGCUUCCCCUCCUGAUGUGAGUUUAGAUAACUCCCGUGGUGGCGUAAACUUAGCUUCUGGUGAUAAAAAGGUCAUGGGCACCCUCAAGAACAUUGGACAGAACAUGCUUGAAAAUAUACAGGUGAUCGAAUCAGCGUUCCAGCAAGAGCGUGGCCAGCCUAGCGCCAUGGAGAACUUCUCAAACAACAUCCUGGGAGGCAAAGGGCAGGUGACGGCCAUGGCAGCCCUGACCGAGCUCCGCAAGAUCAGCAACCUGCUCCGCGAGAUGUAAUGUAACCACCACGUCCAAGGCGCACGCCCCCAUUCUUUCCCGAUUCAUUAGAAAAGCAUCAGGUCUUUGGAUACCCACCCCACCCCCGCCCAGGUGCGCUGCUUUCUGUUGCCAGUGUGUGUUUCUGAAGGUAUCAUCAAUCAUGUCAGAAUUCAGCGGGUCUGAUGAGUUCCCAGCUCCGAUCUGAUCCACGCCGCAGCAGCCGUCGAAGCCGCUGGAGAUCUUGGUGUUGGGUUAGCCGUGGCGGCCUCCUUGCUGGCUUGUCACGCAUGAUUUGCGUGUGCUGCAUUAGGGGAAGGAGGAAGACUGACGGGUUGGGUCGAGUUGACGCCGUGCUAAUCAAGGAGAAAGGAUUUUGGCUGCUCGUUCGUGUACGCCUCUUGGACACAGGCGGCAGCUGCUGUGGAGCUGUGCUGAACAAUCAUUUCCGUGGGGCUCGUUUUCCGUCGUCGUUGUUGUCUGAACUCUGAAGGAGACGGCAUUGAUCGAGACAGGUUGGGUCUCAGCUACUUGUUGGGUUAUUAAUCUCCUGCCCAAGAGGGUUGGGAGGAUAAAAUCCCUUGCCGGUUGAGAAAUGAGAAUGCACGGGGGCAGCGACAUCCUUUUGCUGUAAA